AUGGCGACAUUGUUUGAUACAUUCGGCAAUCAAAACAGUCGAUGUUUUGCUUGUGGAUCACUCGUUUACGCUGUGGAGAAGAAACUAACAACAAAUCAUGUUUACCAUAAUCGAUGUUUUCGUUGUCGAAUAUGUAAACGACAUCUCACGGAAUAUUCGCUCAACGAAGAAGGUGAUGAUAUCUAUUGUGGAAAUUGUUACCGACGAAAACAGCGUGGUGAUUGUAAUAGCUUUGAAUUUUAUCGUGCAGCAGCUGAGAAAGCACAAUACGUUCAUAAUCGUCAUCAUCCCGAUCAAAACGGCACUUCCGUUAAUUCGCGUUCGAGAAGUUUACGCGAAUCACCGCGAAACCCUUCAUCAACAUUAAGGCAAUUAGAAAGACAAUUUCUCAGUUAUCGAGAACCAAAGACCAACAACCAUACUGAAUUAAUCGAUAACAUCGCACAAAAACCUCUUUUAACAUCGCAACCCCUUACAAUCAAUACUAACUUUUCAACGCCGAUUAAUCUGACAAAUAUUCGACAUGAUGAUUUAUUGUUGACGAAAAACGAACCUUCAUCGCGUUUAUCACGACUCUUCUCACCAUCUCCGACGAUCCGCACCGAAACGACAAUCACACCACGAAUCACGCCACAUCCAAACGAGAUUAUCCUCAAUGAUGAAACACGCAAGUCCUUUGUCUCGCCUACAGGCAGUGCUACAGGCGCGAUUGAAUUUCGCUUACACAAAAGUAACAUCGAUUUAACUCAUAUUACAUCGCCGCCAAGAAGUCGCAAAAGCGUCAUCAUUCCAGAUCUCGACGAAACCAACGAAGACAAAGAAAGUCACUUUCGUUUUCCCGACAUCAACAUCACAUCCAUACGUCGACGAAGUAUCAGUGCGCAUCCGCUGAAAAAGAUCAUUCACGCCGAAUAG